CCACCGUCCCCCGGUCCGUCACACCAACAACACACGACUUUCACGAGGGCCACAAAAAGUGAUCUAUCAGAUAAAACUUCUCCCAACGCUUGGACCGACCACUUGGACCUAUACCAAUCACACCCAGUCGAUGAUGGCUGCAAAUGGGCUGGUCCGUGUCUUGCCUUUCAUUGACCCCUCCGCGGGACACAGCUUCAGGGAACCCAUAAAACGCAUCCACGAGCACCAGGAUGUAUCCGAAUUCUUGUGCUCCAAAGCCUAUGUGGAUCUUAUGACUUUUCUGCUGCAACUCAAUCGUUCCAUGUUCCCCACCAUGUCGCCGGAUGGAGGUGUCCAGACCUGGCCUCUGAACUCCGAUGCGGUCGAGUACUCUGCGCCUGUCCGUCAACUGCAACAGCUGCUGUCCAAAUUAGAAGCUAUCCUAGAAGAAGCACCACCGGACAAAGGGCCUCGCCGGUUCGGAAACAUGAGCUUCCGCAGGUGGUAUGAAAUUGUGGAGAGCCGAGUCUCAGACUUAUUGGCAGAAUGCCUGUCCGCAGACAUUCUCCACUCUAAAUCAUCCAGCCCUGAUGGCCCAACAGCUGAGGUAGAGCUUAAAGCCUAUUUUCUGGGCAGCUGGGGAAGCCCUCAACGGCUUGACUAUGGCACUGGUCAUGAGCUGAGCUUCCUGGCCUUCUUGGGGGCCCUGUGGAAGCUGAACGGGUUUCCCAAAAACACUCCCGGGGUGGAGGAACGAGCUAUCGUUCUGGGCGUGAUCCAACCUUACCUCGAACUCGUCCGCACAAUAAUCAAGACAUACACCCUUGAGCCGGCCGGGUCUCACGGCGUGUGGGGAUUGGACGAUCAUUCGUUCAUCCCGUACAUCUUCGGCUCGGCGCAGUUUGCCCCGGCUCUCUCGCCAACAGAUCAAGUGCCCGAGGAAGGCUCACUCCCUGACGCACCUGACCCCAGCGGUGUCGCGAAGGCGGCCGUCGUGGAACGAGAGCGACAAGGCAACAUGUAUUUCUCUGCUAUUGGUUUCAUCUAUGAUGUGAAGAAGGGGCCCUUCUGGGAACAUAGCCCGAUGCUUUACGAUAUCUCGGGCAUUCGUACUGGCUGGGCCAAGAUCAACAAGGGUAUGAUCAAGAUGUACAAUGCCGAGGUUCUGUCCAAAUUCCCGGUCGUCCAGCAUUUCCCCUUUGGAUCCUUAUUUAGUUGGGAUCGUAAUCCCGAUGCGGUGCCUCCUCCGUCUACUGUCCACGCCGCUUCAGGACCCCAGUCUCGAUCUCAAGACCCUUCUGGACAAGCCGCACCGGCCACCAAGGCUCCUUGGGCUGCCGGAUCACAGACCAAUCCCAUGGGAGGUAAUACAGCUGCACCUUGGGCUUCAGGCGCUAGAGUCCCGGUUUUGCCUGAUACCUCCCGUUUGCCUCCUGGGCCCAUGGCACCCACGCGAGCGCCGUGGGCGAAUGCGCAGCAAAGGCCGGCUCCGGGUGGUGCAGCCCCGGACAUGCCCACCAAGGCGCCUUGGGCUAAAUAAGUUUACGAAAAUCUUAGUUUAUUUAUAUACCCU